UUCUAAGGACUUUUCCGUUCCCAGCAUUUCCAUCAAUCAUUUCCGGUGUGCGGGCACUACAUUCAUUAUUGCGCAUUCCUUCUUUAUGGACAAUGAGCCUUUGAUAUAUAAUACGCAUGUCACAUAGUACACCAGUCAAUAGUCAGCUGAUUUCCGUCCGCACGGUUCUGAUUGGCUUGCAUGUUUGUUAUCGCAGUCGGUCGAUCGUUUUGCCUGUCAGAUCGGUUUCUCCGACCACCAAACAUCCAACUUGUAGAUGUAAUAAAUCGUUUUCGAGCUAGUUGUGUGACGUUUGCUCGCUCCAGCUUGGGAACGCGAUAUCCCGCCAUCUAGAAUAUCACAGAAACCGAGAAAAUGGCUCAACCCGAUGUGGUAUGCAAUGGUCAUGGGUCCGCAUUGCCCAAUGUUGUUAUCAUCUCCGCCUGUCGGACUCCCAUCGGAAAAUUGAACGGAGCCCUUUCCUCUUUACCUGGCCAUAAGCUGGGGUCGCUCGUUAUCACGGAAUCAUUAAAACGCGCCAGUAUUCGUCCCGAAGAAGUCAGUGAAGUGAUACUGGGCCAGGUGCUGACAGGCGGCCAGGGCCAGAAUCCCGCGCGGCAGGCAGCGGUCGCGGCGGGCAUUCCGAUAUCCGUCCCCGCAUGGAGCGUGCAGAUGGUGUGUGGCUCGGGCAUGAAGGCCCUCGUGUCAGCCUACCAGUCUAUCCGUAAUGGGGACGCCAAGAUUGUUGUGGCCGGUGGCCAGGAGAGUAUGAGCCAAGCACCCCAUGUCAUCAGUCUGAGGAAAGCCGUCGUUAUGGGCGACACGGUGAUGCGCGACACCUGCACGACCGACGGCUUGACGGAUGCGUUUAAUCGCCUACCCGAUGGGCAUCCAUUUCUAAUGGGGAAUACUGCGGAGAAGGUGGCGGAGCGGUGGAAAGUGACAAGGCAGGAGCAGGACGAAUACGCUGCGCAGUCGCAGCAGCGUGCGGGAGCCGCUCAGAAAGCGGGGUAUUUCCGAAAAGAAAUUAUCCCGGUAUGCGUGCAGAGUGGGAAAGUGUUUUGUUUUAAAGAAACCGUAGAAGUGAGUGCCGAUGAGUUUGUCAAACCAGAUACCACCGUUGAAGCUUUGGCCAGAUUAAGGACAGUUUUUCAAGCUAACGGCACGGUAACUCCAGGAAAUUCUUCAGGUGUGAACGAUGGUGCAGCCGCUGUCGUGAUGAUGUCUGAAGCGGAAGCAGUAUCCCGCAAAUUGACUCCGAUGGCACGAAUAGUUUCGUGGGCGCAAGCUGGAAUCGAUCCCAUAAUUAUGGGUGUUGGUCCAGUCGAGGCCGUUAAAAAAGCACUUUCUAAAGCUUCUUGGAACAUUUCCGAUGUGGAUGUUUUUGAAUUAAACGAGGCUUUUGCUGUAUCAUCCAUUGUAUGCGCACGGGAAUUAGGUGUGGAUGCAGCGAAGGUGAACAUUUCCGGAGGAUCCAUCGCUCUGGGGCAUCCCAUUGGAGCAUCAGGUGCACGGGUGGUGGUGUCGCUGCUGCAUGGUUUAGAAAGGACCGGUGGUCAUAAAGGUGUCGCGGCUCUGUGCAUCGGUGGAGGAAUGGGGAUCGCACUGUGCGUGGAAAGAACGUGAACGUUCUAGUGAAAAAUGGUUUGGAAAUACGUCCAGUGAUAUCUGUACCGUCAAAAGAAUGAAUUGUUACAUCUCCCUCAAGUUACUAUUUCCUGGUGAUUACUCUUUUAAUCCGUGUCAGUUUAUAUGGUUUUAGAAUUUAAUUAGUUUAAUAGUUCAUGGGUUCGCACUCGCAGUUCAUGGUAUGCAAGUGAGUUAUGAGACAUACCGUUUUGACCAUGUUCAAACAUUCGGUUUUCUUUUUAAUGUUUAUUGUAUUGAAAAAAUUAAAGAUGACAUACUA